AGAAGAGAUGCGUAAGGUGACGAUCUGCUCCCCCCCCCCCGCGCGUUAUCCCAAGCAGUUUGUUUGUUUUAAAAUGAACUGUCUCUGAAACUUUUGAUAUCUUUAUCAGUUUCCUUGACUCCGAAGCCGUUUCACCCGGACAGGCUGGCUACAUAUUUACAGUUGGAUGUUGUAAGGGGUGGCAAUCAAAUCGCCAGAGACUAAUCUGUGCGAGUGUGUGCGCGUGCUCUUCGGGGGAUGCGGUGCGCUCUCUCUCUCUCUCUCUCUCUCUCUCUCUCUCUCUCUGUGUGUGUGUGUGUGUGUGCGCGCGUGUGUACACCACCUUGAAGGAGCGUCUAGCAGCCUUGAAAACGUCGGGGUUAGUUUUCUGAGCCUAUGGUGCCCCCUCUGGAUGGAAAGGAGAAGGACACUUGAUCUGCAGCAAAGGUGAUUUGUUUAUAUAUGUAAGUCACUGUAAAAGUUCCAAGAAAAGUCUGAAAGGAGAGUGGAAAAAGUGCACGGAAAGCAAAGCAAAAAGGCAAUGGAAUGGCGUCUGUCCUAGGGAAGGCAACAUGACAGCUAAUGAUUUAAAGAGUUUGCAAUGCGGGAAGCGCCCACAACUGACGGGCUGUCGAAUUGCUAAGCGAGACAGUGGGAUGCGCACAUAUGACGUCUCGAUAGAUGGAUUAUCAAAAGGCGAAUCAAUCGCAAACUGCGCCCACUUUCUCUCCUUAGUCGUUUCUCUGGCGCAGCCAAGCUGUGCGGUUGUGCCAGAGCGCAUCCCCAUGUCGUGAAUUCUUUAUAUCCGUCGGGAAACUUUUUCCUCUUGCUGUGUCACCUACUUUUAAGGAAAGAUUGUGGAAACAGUGCAAAGCUAAUAGGUAAUAUGUAUGCGCGUGUGUAUAUAUAGAAAAGACCUGAGGUUAGUAGGCAUAGCGUCUGAUUCGAAAAACGAAUCAAAAACAUUUCACAACAGACGUCUCUGAAACGAGAUCCAUCUGAAUAUAUACAUGAAACGAAGAAGAAAACUUUUCUCUCUUUCUCCGUGGUUUGAGCAGCGGGGCGGGGAGCGAUGGGGAUAUAUUUCGACUCAUAAUGCAUCCCCUUGCGCCUGCUUCGCGUCUGGCCUUGGAAGGGAGCAUGUGAGCGAGCCUAACAAGUAAAUCCAAGUAUUGUCUUUACGAUGAAGGAUCACGCUUGAGGAAGAAAAUCCUGAAUUAUAGGGAUUUAAAAUAUAUUAGAUCCCUCCCGGCAGGAUGCGUAGCUGAUGAUCAUUUCCAUAGGUCCAACCCUUUCUAAAAAGCGUAGCUCAUGUGCAGGUUUACUUGAAAGUAAGUCCCGCUGCUUUCCGUGGCGCUUACUCCCUAGUUAAACCCCUGGGUUGAAUGUUAGCUUGUACCUGUUGACUUUUACGGUGGAAAGUCGUGUCUGCUUGAAAUAGAAAUUUGGUCAUGUUAUGUUCCUACACAGCAGAUCACUCUCAGCGUGAAUAUUUUGGAAGAGGGUGUUACUGUCAUUCACACCCACCCACCACUAACCCUACUUUGCACAAUAUAAGACCAGAGUAAGGGAAAUUAAAGAUAACCAUUUUUAAAAGGAGUCGUCCUAGCCUAAGUAUAUAGCGUAGAAGGGGGGUGGUAUUUAAAACUAAACCUCUGGGUCAGAUUCUCACGCCGUGAGUUGCAGUACAGCGCCUGAGGUCAACCUUGCCUUCUCUUCCUGAAACUUUUAAGUAUGGAUAAAGCAUUAGGAUGAGCAAACAAAAAAGCUGGGGGGGGGGGGAGACAGAUAGACAGACAGACAGACAGACAGACAGACAGAGACACAUACAUACAUACAGAGAAGCUCUAAGCUCUUUCCGAGUGAGAGAGCUAGCGAGCAAGCGUUUGUUCUGCAGUUUUACCGGAGCGAUGACGUAUCUGCUAGGGAAGAUUUCAUGCCUUUUCUUCAGCAGAAAUCUGCCCAGAUCAACAAGUAGAAAAGAGAAAGGAGAAGAGUUUACUCGGAAGAAUAUAUAGCGCAAGAGUUGGGAAGUACAAAGGCUCAACUGCAGCGCGCGACAAACUUUCUCUUUCCCCCCUCCCUCUCCCCCCUCCCCCCGCAUUUUCCUCUCUGAGAUCUGCGCUCAUUUCUCCCCUCCCUUCAGAGAGCGGCGAGAAAGGAGGGGGAGAGAGAAAAAACUUUUCAGCCAAUCAGCUGUGUGCCAGCCCUCCAGGGGCAGGCCUGCCAUUGGCUGAAAGUUUCUAAGGUGAAAUAGCAGAGGAGAGUAUUUAUUAAAGAGACCCAGAGAGAGAGUUAGUAGAGCUGAGCUUGAAACCGACUAGGUGAUUUUGGGAGCCUUUAUAUAUAUACUGCAUAUAUAAAUUCUUUCUUCCCCUUCUCUACCCUCCAACCUCCGAGGAACUUUUUCUCCUUUUUUGAAAGGGGUGGAAUAUAUAUUUUUAUAUAUAUUCUUCCGACAACCCCUCCACGAAAAAGCUGCCCACAUGUCCAUUGCUUGAGAGCAAAUAGCAGCAGCAGCAGCAGCAGCAACAGCAGCAGCGAUUUUGCAAAAGCGUCUGAGAUCCGAGGUCUUCUUUCCAGUUUCUGCAACCCAGGCGAGACAUUUUUGGUGCCCCUUGCAAACUUUUCGUUGUCGUUGCCGCUGGGCUCGUCUCCUUUCAUGCAGUUUUAAGAGACCCUGCCACUUUCGCUUUUUCACCCCUCCCCACCCUCCUCUUCCUCCCCCCACCCACCCCCUCUUCCCACCCCUUCUUGCUCGCUUUUUUUAUUUCCACCGAUAUCCCCCCCUGGGCCGCUUUCUCGCAUGAAUCUCCUCGACCCUUUCCUGAAGAUGACCGAGGAGCAGGAGAAAUGCCUGUCCGGCGCCCCCAGCCCCACCAUGUCGGACGAUUCGGCCGGCUCCCCUUGCCCGUCGGGCUCUGGAUCGGACACCGAGAACACGCGUCCCCAAGAGAACACGUUCCCCAAAAGCGACCCGGACCUGAAGAAAGAGAGCGACGAGGACAAGUUCCCCGUGUGCAUCCGAGAAGCCGUCAGCCAGGUCUUGAAGGGCUACGACUGGACGCUCGUGCCCAUGCCCGUGCGCGUGAACGGAUCCAGCAAGAACAAGCCCCACGUCAAGCGCCCCAUGAACGCCUUCAUGGUGUGGGCGCAGGCCGCGCGCAGGAAGCUCGCCGACCAGUAUCCGCACCUGCACAAUGCCGAGCUGAGCAAGACGCUGGGCAAACUCUGGAGGUUAUUGAAUGAGAGUGAGAAACGCCCAUUUGUGGAGGAGGCAGAAAGGCUGAGGGUGCAGCAUAAAAAAGACCAUCCAGACUAUAAGUACCAGCCGCGAAGGAGAAAGUCGGUCAAGAAUGGGCAGGCUGAGCAAGAGGAAGGAUCUGAGCAAACUCACAUCUCCCCUAAUGCCAUCUUCAAGGCCCUGCAGGCGGAUUCUCCCCAGUCUUCAUCCAGCAUGAGCGAAGUGCAUUCUCCCGGGGAACAUUCUGGACAGUCUCAAGGGCCACCGACCCCUCCCACUACCCCUAAAACAGAUGUGCAGCCCGGGAAGCAGGACCUGAAACGGGAAGGGCGCCCCCUGCAGGAAGGAGGAAGGCAGCCACCCCACAUUGACUUCCGAGACGUGGACAUUGGCGAGCUCAGCAGCGACGUCAUCUCCAACAUCGAGACCUUCGACGUCAACGAGUUUGACCAGUAUCUCCCACCCAAUGGCCACCCCGGGGUCCCGGCCACCCAUGGCCAGCCCGGCCAAGUCACCUAUACUGGCAGCUAUGGAAUCAGCAGCACAGCAGCUGCUCCAGCCAGCACAGGGCAUGCCUGGAUGUCCAAGCAGCCGCCGCCCCCGCAGCAGCCGCCGUCUCAGCCACAGCCGCCCCAAGUGCCACAGCAGGCCCCCCAGCAACCACAGCACACCUUAACCACGCUGAGCAGCGAGCCAGGGCAGGCCCAGCAGAGGACACACAUCAAGACCGAGCAGCUGAGCCCCAGCCAUUACAGCGAGCAGCAGCAGCACUCGCCCCAGCAGAUCAGCUACAGCUCCUUUAACCUGCAGCACUACAGCUCCUCCUACCCCACCAUCACCCGCUCGCAGUACGAUUACACAGACCACCAGAGCUCCAACUCGUACUACAGCCAUGCCGCCGGCCAGAGCUCCAGCCUCUACUCUACCUUCACGUACAUGAACCCCGCCCAGAGGCCGAUGUACACGCCCAUUGCAGACACUGCGGGGGUGCCUUCCAUUCCUCAGACCCACAGCCCGCAACACUGGGAGCAGCCUGUCUACACACAGCUCACCAGGCCGUAGGCUCUUGACGGACAGCAAAGCGUCCUCAGACUUUGGUGAAAGUUUCUUUUUUAAAAAAAGAAAAGAAGAAGCAAGCUACACGUGAACAAGUAAGAGAAAGGAAAAUCCCAGAAUGCCUUUUGUACUACAGCAUCCUUCCGAAAUCAGCUGGAGAAUCCUGCUCCAUAAAUAAACAUUCCAUGGUGGACUUAGCACCUUUGCUUUGGAGGUGAUUUUCAUUCCGAAAACAGCCAGCUUAGUUCGCCUAGGUAUGGACUUGGUGAUUAUUUUUUAACAAUAACUAAAAAUGAAAAAUGAAUAAUUUUUUUAUUAUUACAAAACUCAAGAGUAUUCCUCUGUGAGGAAUAGGCUCUAUUCUAAGUAUUUUGUUUUGUUUUGUUUAGUAUGUACUGUGUAUGAUUCGUUACCAAUUUGAGGGGAUUUUACAUGUAAUUGUACUUCUUGUUUUUAGAGAAACCUUUCUCUCUCUCUCUCUCUUUAAUGCUCCUUAUUUUGACAGCUAAACAACACUUAGCAAAAACGGCAUGCCUUAGCCAGAGGUAUUUUUGUAUAGUUAAUGGUCUUUCUCUUGUAGGCAGAAAAAAAAGUGGAUAGAGGAAAAGCAAACUGGGGAGAAGCUCUUCACUAACCAGUGGUCAGUUACUCAAUGUGAUGUUGCGGAUUUGGAAAGAGACUUUAUUUUUCCAGCUGGGAAGUAAAAGGGUUUUUUUGUGGGGAGGAGGGAGGUUUGAAAGGGGGGGGGGAAAGAUCCACACCUUAAGCCUUAAAGAAACACUAUUGAAAAGCCUUAACAGCAAACCUGCAAUAUCUUCCAAGAGAGCUUGUGUGAUUAUUUCUCUCACUGCCAAGGGGAAAUAUGAGGCUUCAGACCGUUUUUUAAAGGUCUGAAGCUCUCUCUCUCUCUCUCUUUUAAUGCAACCAGCAGCACCAGAUUAUAAUGCCACAAAUCCUACCAUGACCCCCCCUUCUUCAGCUCCUGACACUGCCCCCUCCCCAUGUGCGAAACAGAUGCUGACCAAUCCAUACAGAAAACAACCCCCCCCCCCCGCCGCAAAUUCCAUUAUGAACUCAAUUUGCAGGGCAGGGCAGGGCAGGGAUAUCUACUUUAACAAAGGUCAUGGAUGACAGCACCGGUGUGUGUGUUUUUUCUUUUCUUCUUCUUUUUAAAUAAAAAGUAUAUAUAUUUAUUUUGUGGGGGGGGGAGGAAGAGUUUUUUAAUCAAGAGAUUUUCCUCCAUUUCCCCCUUCCACAUUAGAAGUUCUUGUAAUGUAAACAGAAAUUCCAGAGUCGGUAUAUGGUGCCUAAUCGUUAAAUUAUGGUCUAAAUCAAUAACCCCCUUAUUUUAUUUAUCUCUCUCAUUCCUUUUUUUGUACUUUUUAUUAUUAUUAUUAUUCCUUCAGAAUGUGUCUUAGGUUUGUACAAAUAUGUCUGCUUCUUUUCUGUUCUUCCUUACUUCUUCUUUUCCCUCCUGUUUGAGGAUAAACUGGAAAAAAAAUAUGUCGUUGUUUUUCAUUGUAGACACAAAAGAUUGCAAAUGUAGUGUAUCACUGAGUCAUUUGCCUUAUUUUCUGCCUCAGCUCUUCCAGAUUUACAUAUACCUGUAGGGCCUAGGAGUACACAGGCCAGCAGGAUUAAGGUAGUAGAAUGGACUGUACCACUUAAGCUUUGAGGCUACUGUUGGGGCUGCCAUUUUUAAUGCUUCCUGCAUGGGAUAUUUUAUAUUUAAACCCUCCAUCGUUGUUGUUGUUUAUAAUUGCAGGGAGUUCUUUUACAGGGGGCAAGGGGAAGCAUUCGAAAGAAACGAUACCACCCCCGACUUGCAAACCAAAGUGGUACAAUCCACUCCACUACCUCGAGAUUCCGCCACCAUCCUUGGGUGUCCUAGGGCAGGCCUUGGUCUGUUCAAGAGAAGCAAAGCGACAAUGGGUGCAGCCACCAAUCCCUGCUGCUUUGUAAGCCCUCUUCUUUUCCAUGGGGCUUGCACAUUUCUAUGGGGCUCAUAUUUGGCCCUUGAAAGCUCGAUGGAAAUGAACGAAAGCUGUGGAGCAGCGGUUCUUGGUUGGUAGCUCCCAAAGUGUGUGGCUCACCUUCCACCUCUUCACACUGUGUGAUUUGGGAGGAUAGUUAGGGCAAUGAAUCUGACCUUUGGUGAAGCGGUGGCUGAACAGUUAAGGGUUGCUUUUUUUAAAAAAAAAGAUAGCCAACUUUUUUAUUUAAAAAAAAGUUAUAUUUGUUAAUGUUUUGUAGGGAAUACAGUAGAAGAAAAUCUUAAAGCACUCAUAAUAUGGUAUCUUUUCUACUUCUAUAUUAAAAAAAAGCAGAUAUUUCUAAAGUAUUUCUGUAACUUAAAAACAAUCUUUCCUUUUUAAAAAUCAGUUUUAGGUAAGGCUGGGUUUCCGUUUUGUUUCCGUUUUGGUCAUUUUGUUUGCAAAUCCCUUUUGGUUCUCUGUACAACUUACCUUUUUGUAUAUUAUUGUUUGCAAUAAAUAUACGUUUUAUUAAAC